AAGAAAAAAAUCUGCUACAGGGGAGGCUUUGAGGAGGUGGGGUAGCGGUCGGUGGGAGGAGCUCGGCCUGGUGGCCUUUCCCUUCGCAGAGGCUCGGAAAGAGCUGACUUACUCCGCUGAACGGAAGGCUUGGAGGCUUCCAGGAGCAGCCGCUGCCAUGCCGAAACGUGAGUUCUUCGUUGACAUGACUUGUGAAGGGUGCUCCAAUGCUGUCUCUCGUGUUCUCAACAAGCUGGGAGGUGUUCAGUUUGAUAUUGAUCUCCCCAACAAGAAAGUGACUAUCGAUUCUGAGCACAAUGUGGACACCUUGUUGGACACUCUGAAGAAAACUGGGAAAAAUGCCUCCUUUGUAGGAGAGAAGUAACUGCAUAGGAAGGCCUGGUUGUGGGGAAGCUGCUGUGAUCAGGAAAGCAAUGCUUAACAUGGCUCCAGUAAGAAGGUGGCUGUUUACUCUUCUGUGCAAUUAUCUUCCUUUGACUGCAGUUGCUCUGCCAGAUGUUGGAGAAGAGAGGAAGGGUGGAAGGAAGAAAUGGCUUUCAGGGCAGAGGGGGAAGGACUAAGGUGCAUUUUGACCACAAUGGCCCAAGUCAUCUCCUACAAAACAUAGUGUUUGUGCAUUUUUCUUUCUGAACUUGAAAUAAAGCAAGGAGCUGCUGCUUUUUUCCAAUAAA